AUGGAGCCGCCAACCCCACCCGCCGCGCCGGACGCCGCCGCCGGAGCCGGGGCAGAGAUGCCACCCAAGGACGAAGGCGCAGCAAUUCGCCUUCGCCGCAGCCUGUUCGGCAGCGACGAGGAGCCGGAGUCCCCCUCGUCGUCCUCCCGCGGAGACUCCGAUGCCAGAGACAGCUCCGACGACGAUUUCACGGAGGAGGGCGUGAGGGCGAGGGACGCGGUGCUGAGCGUGGCCAAGUCCGUCGUCGCCCUCGCCGCCUCCGUCGAUGGAGAUCCCUCGUCCACCUUCGCCUGCACGGGCACCGUGGUCGCUCGCGAGGGCCCUGCGGCCUGGAUCAUGACCUCUGCGACUCUCAUCAGGAAGCACGACAGCGGCACCGAGGUCCAUGAACUUUCCAGUGUGAAGAUUGAGGUGCUCCUGCCUAACAAAAAGGUUGUAAAGGGGCAGCUGCUGAUGUACGAUUCGCACUAUAAUGUCGCCAUCGUUUCUGUCGAGUGUGAAGCUGAUCUCCUGGUGGUGGUGCUCGCUGACCUCCCAGAUUCCUACUUCCUGACACCUACUCCGGUCGUUGCAGUUGCCCGGAAAUUUGAGUCUGGAAGGUUGCAGCUGAAGCGUGGGGAGACGUUCCGUGUAGUUAGCGAGUUAGAUUGUGAUGAACUUAUGGUCAGCACUUGUCAAAUGGAGCCUCAGAGGCAAAACAAGGAUAACAGCAUUCAGUAUAUUACUCUUAUUUUCAUUGGGGGUCUUCUGAUUGAUUUGGAAGGAAGAAUUGUUGGGAUGAAUUUCAUAGACGAGAAUAAAACUCCCUUUUUGCCCGUCCAGAUUGUUGGGAGAUGCCUGAAACACUUCAGAAAGUUUGGGCGAAUCAAACAACCAUUGCUUGGAAUAAGGGGCCGGGCGCUUCACAUGUUGGAGUUAAAGGACUUGGAGAAAAUAUGCCACAAGUACCAUAAGCCACCUUCUGGAAUUCUGGUGGAGAAGAUUCCUGAAGUAUCAUCUGCAAAUUGUGGAGGCAUUGAGGCUGGUGAUAUCUUUACUAAACUUGAUGGAGUUGUUUUGCACUCUCCGGCACAGGUAUUCUAG